AUGGUUCAAAAGUCAAGUAACCGUUCCAACAUCGAUCAACAACCUCGUCAAGAUUCUGAUGCAGGCAUCGAGCAAUGGGGACAAUGGUGGGGCCGAAAGCAUUAUUCUCUUGAAGUAGUACAACACCCUAUGCGUGCCCGUAUGUGCGGUUUUGGUGAUAAAGAUCGCAGACCACUCGCACCUGCAGCAGUCGCAAAGAUGGUUGUCCGAAGAGAAGAUAACUCUAUCGUAGAUGUAGAGGACAUUGACUGUUCUUUUUUUCUUGUAACGGUCGACCUUUGGUCGGCUGACGGUAAACGGGAGAUGAAUCUUGUGUUGCAUCCCUCGUCAUCUGCGGACCGGUACGUCGCAACGAACGCUCAAAAAUCCAGAAAGCCUCGGAGUGCCAAUCCUCCAUCAUCUCCCCACGAUGAACAACAUAGCCCCACGUCGUCUCAUUCCACGCCGAAUUCUGCUCACCAACAUCCACGCCUACCAUCCACUAUGACCCCGAUGGUUCCCGCUCCGCCGUCAGGAUUCGUAAAUCAAACCUACCCUUAUCCCCAGCAAGCACAGAUGCCAGAUAACAUAACAUAUGAUGACCAAGAUUCCUACAGCUCGCCAUCCGAAUCUAACAGCACAUGGGGAUAUGCUCCAUCAGGAACUCCCCUCGAUCGCUCACACAAUUUCAACCACCCUCAUCCAUCUUUGUCGUCGUACAACCGCAACGGCAUACGCAACGGCAUACCCGCGGCUGCACCGGGAGAAACGUGGCAAGCCCAGCCAUCGUAUCGUACGGAUUCCGAUCAGUCGGCCAACUAUCGCAAUUGGCCAGCUGCGGAACCAUCUUAUCCAGUAGUAGUCAAUCCACAGACGGGCGUGUAUGCUCAAGAAGUGGACCCAUCGAUGAGACAUCCCGAACAUGCAACUCAGCAAUCUGAGGCAAGUAGUUGGCCCCAACAAGUCGCAGGUGACCCGUCGCCACGAUUUGUCCAGGAACCUUUUCAAGGCGCAGGGAAUAGCUACGAUCAUCCCCAGGCUUAUGGUGCACCAUCACAGCCACCGUAUUACCAGGGCACAUAUGCUCAGAGUUCCUCAUCUUCCCCGUCAGCCUCACAUGCUCCGUUACCCCGACAUUCAUACACACGGACUUUGGUGGGACCUCUUUCAUCCAAUGCAUGCCGGCUGCUCGAUGAGCAUCGGCAAUCUGGAAUUUUCUUCCUCUUCCAAGAUCUAUCUGUUCGGACGGAAGGAACCUUCCGGCUGCGUUUACGUCUAAUGAACGUUGGCGAACUGCCAGCACCGGAAGCGGGUGCAAUCCGAGUUCAUAAUCAUGUUUCUCCGGUCCUUGCGCAAACAUUCACCGAACCCUUCGUCGUUUUCUCAGCUAAGCGCUUCCCAGGAGUGCCCGAUACGACCGCGCUGUCGAUUGCUUUUGGUAAUCAAGGCCAGAAGCUACCGUUGGUAAGAUCCUUCCAUGCUCCGUCUGGGCCGGGGACUAAGGAACUCGCCAUCAUUGCAGCGAAAUCGCCACGGAACCAAUAA